AUGCUUGGCACUGGUCACCCGUUCGCGUUUACAAAGGGAAAAUCUGCCGAUAAGUUGCCGUCGCAGAAGAAGUGCGCCGUGGUUGGUAAUAGUGGCAUACUGCUGAAUAGUAACUGUGGAGACGAAAUCAACUCUAAUGACUUUGUGAUUCGAUGCAAUGCCCCGGAAAUUGAAAAUUAUAGCCGAGAUGUUGGAAAUAAAACGAAUAUUACAAAUAUCAAUUUUACAAGAGUUCGAGAACUCUACAGGCAUAUUACAAAUAACAGUGAACUACCGGAACAGCUUGGUAAUUAUUGCUAUUUGAACAAUACAAUGGUGUGGACAUUUGGACAAUCAUACAGAGUUCAAUGGCUGGAUGAAUCUAUCGAGUUCCUGAAGAAUCAAUACAAUCUAGUUUUUAACAUUGCUUACACUGGGGAUGAUGCCUCCUAUCAAAAAAUAGUAAAGUCAUUCAAGCUACACAGAGAUCCAUCGGCGGGUAUGAUGUCCGUUAGCGUUGCACUUAAUCUAUGCAAAGAA